AUGCAGAAAACGGCUACAUAUAUGAUGAAUGGACUCGUUAGUGCGGCCUAAAUAAUCCCCUACAUUGGUCGUGGGUUCUAAUGCCGCUAGGUGCUGGAAAACCACAUAACUUAGUCUGUUCUGGUUGCCGUAAUCCAGGCAACCUGAUAUUGUGUGAAACCUGCUGCAGGUCUUACCAUGCACCCUGUCUACCAUCGCAUGAUGUUUCCAUAUUGACUGAGCCGUUUCACUGCCCAUCCUGCAAACACAUGCGAUGGGAUCAGUCACCGCCUCAAUUCGACAGGUCGACAUCUUCGUCGAACGGCUCACGGAGCAGCACUCCCAGUGCAAAUGGCUAUAGCCGAGCUACUAGUCCCCGUGAACAUGCUACUCUGGAGGGGCGCCGGACUUUGCCAGUUCUAGGCUCGUUGGCAGGGCCCACUCAGGACCUAUCUAAACGAUCUUCGCCUGAUGUAGACCGUCAGCAGUCUUCUAAAUCUCACGGAAACGUUGCAACUCCGGAAACCCACGUCUUGUCCCGCGCCAGGAACCUUCUUGUUGAUUAUGGUCAACUGUAUGCCGACAAAGAUAUAAGGCCUGAACUCUUGCUGAAGCUGGCGUCCAUGAUGACAGAGCUCGAAGCCCAGCAAUCACUGCAAGAAGAGGUUCAAGAGCUGAAGACGGAAAAUGCUGCUUUGCGAAACGAAAAUGCUAACUUCCGAGCAUACUUCACCUCCCGGCUGCCAACGAACGAGCCCAUCAUUAACUCUUCGUCAACUAGCACUCCGCCAAUCUUCCCAAAACUGCCGUCCGAUACGAGCGGGAAGUCUUGGGAUAGAAUCGUGAUGGAUCUAAUCUGAUCCUGUUAAGGUGUACUUGACCUGUAUGCAUUUCUCA